AUGCCCGACAGAGCGCCACGUACACUCCUCCUCAGUCUGUUGUUGUUGCUGUUGUUGCUGCUGCUGCUGCUGGGCCUGCGCCUGACCAGGUGCCGGCGGGGGUCCGUUGGACGGAUACGAAGGCGCGGCGGGCGCGCUCUUGCCGGCGUCACGACCGCCGUUGGCGUAGUUUCCGAACUUGAAGCCGCGCGAAUCGCUCUUGAUAGGCGGGCGGAGGCUCUUAGCGCCCUUGGAUCCCUUGUUGCCCAUGCUGGUCUAGUGGAAGAGGAGGGAGAAGAGGAGGGGGGAAAUGUAUCGGACGUGGAAACCUGUGCCGAUGGACGAAUACGCGAAUGA